UUAUUUAUUUAUCUCACUUAAUAUAUUUGUGUACAGUUAUUCUAAAAAUGUCAAACUUUAUUUAUAUAUAUAUAAUUGGCUUUUUGGACAUAGCCAGUCUAGCUACAAUCAUGCCUACCUUUAAUCGUCGUCUCUUAAAAUUUGGAGCUACUCAUUUGCAGAUAACCCUUCUAGAGUCCCUCUUUUCAGGUUUUCAAUUAAUCACAGGUCCCAUAGUUGGAACACUAAGUGAUCAUUUUGGUCGUAAACCAUUGCUUUUGCUUUCAAUGAUUUUUAGUGUUUUUGCGUUUUUUGCUAUGGGGCACUGCGAUUCUUAUCUAUCAAUUGCAAUUAUUCGAUUAUUGUUAGGAUGUUUCAAACACACUCAAAUGUUAGGAAAAUCAUUGAUUGGCGAUAAUGUACCUAAAACUCAACAAUUAAGUGCCCAUGGAAAAUUGAAUAGUUUCAUUUCAUUAGCAUUUAUGAUAGCACCAAUAUAUGGUGGUUAUUUGGCUGAAUACAAAAAUGGUUUUUACUACUUGGCUUGUUCGACCAGUUUACUUUGUGCCAUUAAUGUCAUUAUUAUUACAUUUAGUGUUCCAGCCAAGAUGAUUAAGACAACUGGUCUAAAAAAAAAUAUGUUUCACCAUUUAAAAGAAGUUGAUUGGAUAGAAUAUUGGCCAUUAUUGUUCAUGAGAAUGAUGUACACUGCAACACUAUCAACAACUAUGGUGACAUUUGGUUUUGUACUCAUAGAAACUUAUAAGCUCACACCGUCCCAAGUGGGUUAUACAUUAUCAAUUAAUAGUUCAAUUGGUGUUGCUACUGGAUUUGCAGUUGCCAGAUUGGAGCCAUUUUUUCAUAAAUAUAGUUCAUUUAAAAAAUGUUUCUUUAGUUUUAUUUUACUGUCUGUUGGGUAUGUUUGCUUGUCAUUUGCUCCAAACAUAACGUUUCACAUUCUAUGCAUGUUUCCCAUCACGGCAGCUGGUACUCUUAUUGAAGUAUUUUUAAAUCAAAUUCUAUCGGAAACCUGUAUAGGUGAAAAUAGAGGGACUCUGGAAGGUGCUAUGACUAGUUCUAUCUCAGUAGCUCGUUCUAUUACACCAGUAGUAGCCGGAUUGGCUAUGGAUAUAUAUGGUUCUAGUGGAGCAUAUAUUUUUGCAGCUUUAGCUGCUUUAUCUGCUGCAAUGUUAGCAAAAUUUUAUGAUCAAAAAACCAAACGAUCAUAAAUUAAAAAAAAAAAAAAGUGUUCAAUAUUUUGCAAUGAUUUUAUAUUUUGUA